GAGAGAGAGAGAGAGAGAGAGGGAGAGAGAAGACGAGUUUAUCUUGUGCUCUUCCAGCUCCACAUUAAAACCCGGGACGCUCCACUCCAGUCUAGAGUCUGACACGCAGGCGAUACAAUGCGCUUCAUAAAUCAUUAAAAUCCACCAAGAGCCCGGAUCUACGAUCCCGGCAUUUCUCUACUGCUGCUUCACGCCGCUGAAUGGGAAUGCCUUUUGCGGAGGCUCCCAGAACUCAAGUACAGACCCAGAAUUCCAGGAGCAGACACUUUUGAUGAGAUCUGAGCAGAAGGACUUUCUGGAGACCAAAUGAAGAUCUCGGUCACGUUUCUUUGGGCAUGACUCACCCGAAGAUCUCAUCCCCGCAAGACGAGUUUGUGGUUCAGAAAUCUGCCUCGCCCAGCCUCUGGUCCGUCUUCUUUUACACACUGGCUCAGAAGAUAAGAAGGUAGAGAGGGCAGAACAGGAGGGGUGCGAGGGUGUUGGGCAGGGGGCUGCUGGUGCAUGGGGAGGGGCAGCACACAUCUCCGUAGGUGAGUGAAAGCCCACCCUCGCCCAUGCCGUCCCCUGCCCGCACCAGUCCUCCUGCCCUCUGCAAUGGUGACAUGAUGGUACGCGUCAUGGAAGAUCUCUGCUUCAUCCCACCCUUUUCUUUCUGCCAUUACACGAUAGACUUGAUUUGUUAGUGACUCGAGGACGGUGUAUAUACUCAUACAAGUGGCAGCAGGGUGACGAUGCUGGUGUGUGGACGCGUGAGACGGCUCUACAGGCAGCUCACGCUGCAGACCAGCCUUCUGCUGCUUUUCCUCUUCUGCAUGGUAAGUGUGCUCAUCUCAGCCUACUUUCUCUAUGGGGUCAAGCGGGAACUGGAGCCCGCCAACGUGGGCGGGGUGGAGAGCGUCGACACCACAGACUGGGAGGACUCGCAAGCUGCCACCCCUUCCGCUCCGUCAGCCAGGAUACUUCCUGCAAGGACUGCCAAGCCGGCGGACACGUCCCGCACGGACCCUGUCGUUCUGGUGUUUGUCGAGAGCCUGUACUCGCAGCUCGGCCAGGACAUCGUGGCCAUCUUGGAAUCAGGGCGCUUUCGCUACCAGAUCGAAAUCGCCCCCGGAAAAGGCGACAUGCCUACGCUCACUGACAAGAACCGUGGCCGCUUCACGCUGGUCAUUUAUGAGAAUAUCCUCAAGUACGUCAACCUGGACGCCUGGAAUAGAGAACUGCUGGAUAAGUACUGUGUGGAGUAUGGCGUGGGCAUCAUUGGCUUCUUCAAGGCCAACGAGAACAGUUUACAGAGCGCCCAGCUGAAGGGAUUCCCUCUCUUCUUACACUCUAACCUUGGCUUGAGGGACUGCAGUGUCAAUCCCAAAUCACCGCUCUUGCUCAUCACUAAGGCUCGGGAGGUGGAGCGGGGGCCCCUACCCGGGGACGACUGGACCGUCUUCCAGUCCAAUCACUCCACCUAUGAACCUGUACUGUUGGCCCGGGGCAGGACUACAGAAGCCGGAGGUCCUCCGGCACCCCUGCACGCAGCCGUGGUCCAGGAUCUGGGGCUUCACGACGGUAUCCAGCGGGUACUCUUUGGCAACAACCUGAACUUCUGGCUGCACAAACUGGUGCUGGUGGAUGCUGUGAGCUUCUUAACAGGCAAGCGGUUGUCGCUUGCUCUGGAGCGCUACAUCCUAGUGGACAUCGAUGACAUCUUUGUUGGCAAGGAAGGCACACGGAUGAAGGUUUCCGACGUCAAGGCCCUACUGGAGACACAGAACGAGCUCCGAACUCAUGUUCCCAACUUCACCUUCAACUUGGGCUUCUCUGGAAAAUUCUUUCACGCUGGCACUGACGAGGAAGAUCUGGGAGAUGACCUGCUCCUUUCUUACAGUAAAGAAUUCUGGUGGUUUCCGCACAUGUGGAGCCACAUGCAGCCACAUCUCUUCCACAACCAGUCAGUGCUGGCCGAACAGAUGCUGCUCAACCGCAAGUUUGCAGAGGAACAUGGCAUCCCCACAAACAUGGGUUAUGCUGUUGCUCCGCACCACUCGGGCGUCUACCCAAUCCAUAUGCAGCUCUACGAGGCCUGGAAGAAGGUAUGGGGCAUCAAGGUGACCAGCACAGAGGAAUAUCCGCAUCUCAAACCUGCACGCUUCCGCAGGGGCUUCAUCCACAGCGGUAUCAGCGUGUUGCCCAGGCAGACAUGCGGUCUCUUCACACACACCAUUUUCUACAACGAGUACCCUGGAAGCCCCAAGGAGCUGGACAAACUCAUCAACGGAGGAGAGCUGUUCCUCACCGUGCUCCUCAACCCUAUCAGCAUCUUCAUGACCCACCUCUCCAACUACGGCAACGACCGCCUGGGCCUGUACACGUUUAAGAACUUGGUGAAGUUCGUGCAGACGUGGACCAACCUGAAGCUGCAGACGCUUCCCCCCGUGCAGCUGGCGCAGAAAUACUUCCAGAUCUUUCCUGAGGAGAGGGACCCAAUCUGGCAGGACCCCUGUGAGGACAAAAGACAUAAAGACAUUUGGUCCAAGGAGAAAACCUGCGACCGCUUCCCUAAGCUGCUCAUCAUAGGCCCGCAGAAGACCGGAACGACUGCGCUCUAUCUGUUUCUGGGAAUGCAUCCUGACCUGACCAGUAAUUAUCCCAGCAAGGAGACUUUUGAGGAGAUCCAGUUCUUCAAUGGUCGUAAUUAUCACAAGGGCAUUGACUGGUAUAUGGAGUUUUUCCCUCUGCCCUCCAACACUAGCUCAGAUUUCUACUUCGAGAAGAGUGCGAACUACUUUGACUCGGAGGUAGCAGCCCGUCGAGCUGCCGCACUUCUUCCCAAAGCCAAGAUCAUCACCAUCCUCAUUAAUCCUGCUGACAGGGCCUACUCCUGGUACCAGCACCAGAGAGCCCACGAUGACCCCGUGGCCCAGAAAUACACCUUCCAUGAUGUCAUCACCGCCGGCCAUGACGUCCCGAUCAAACUGAAGGUGCUGCAGAAUCGCUGUCUUGUGCCCGGCUUGUAUGCAACACACCUGCAGCGCUGGCUCAGUCACUACCAUCCCAGCCAGAUCCUUGUCCUGGACGGUCAGAUGCUGAGGACGGAGCCGGCUGCAGUCAUGGAUAAGAUCCAGAAGUUUCUUGGCCUCACAAACACUCUCAAUUACCACAAAAUCCUAGCGUUCGAUCCUAAGAAGGGGUUCUGGUGCCAGCUGCUGGACGGGGGGAAGACGAAAUGCCUGGGGAAGAGCAAAGGGAGGAAAUAUCCUGACAUGGAUGUGGACUCACGCCGCUUCCUUCGAGAACACUACAGAGAGCACAACAUUGAGCUGUCCAAGCUGCUGUACAAGAUGGGUCAGCCGCUGCCGAGCUGGUUACGCGAGGAGCUGCUUCACAGCAGGUAGCCGGAAACACGGGUGCCGGGGGGCAAACACAAGCGACACGCUCGCACUCCUCCACGUGCUCCAGAGGAGACUCUACCUCUCCGAUUUCCUCUGAGUCAGCUACAAGCAGCUGGAUGAGGCACAGCAGCCCACGGAGGCCACCGAGUACUGGAGGUCUGGGCUGUGAGAGGAAAAGAAACGGAGAGGGGGGAAAAGGCAACGUGCGGGGCGAUGGAGACACUGACGAUUCCCUUGCUUUUUCAUUCUUUGAGAGAGCAUGGGCACCCAGGGAUGUCUGUCUAUACACACACACACUCACACACACACACACACACACACACACACACAGAGACUGUGCUUUUCCCGUGUGCUCCCGUGUCAGACACCAUAAGACACAAUUUUGGAAAAGACGCAAAAGACACCUUUGUCGUUGUUGGAGGAACAGCACAACAACGACUGAACACGAACCAGGAAGGAACCUUCACCUCGGAAUAUUUUUCCCAUUCAUUCAUUCAAUCAUUCAUCCUUACAUUCACGUCACGUUGUGUUGAGCCAGUCUUGCCCUGUCAUCUGUUUUUUGUUCUAUUUUUCAUCCCUCUUUUAAAAAAAAAAGCCCACUCAUUACAUUAUAUAUUUCCCACCAAGAUAAAAUGUGACAUUUACAGUAAAGAAAAAAAAAUAUAUAUAUAUAUAUAUAUAUAUAUAUAUAUAUAUAUAUAUAUAUAUAUAUAUAUAUAUAUAUAUAUAUAUAUAUAUACAUACACACACAUCUAGAUAUUUAUGUUGGUGGUACAAACUACACAAAUCACGGUACUUAAACAGCAACAACAAAUAAGCUACAUCCGGAAUAAAUGUGAGUGUAAAUAUGGACAUGGGCAUGUACAGUACCUGGGGAUCUCGUUAUUUUGUGCAGUAAACUAAUUCUUGCCUUAAUUAAAACCCGAUUAUUAUUCGUCACAUGACCCCGAAGUGUUCACACACGCCCUCGAAUGGCGUGAGCCUCUUCGUUAGCGGAGAAACGAUUCCAGGAUGAAGCAGUGUUUUUCCGACUGUAAGAGUAUUAACAUCCUGAAACGUUAACUCGAAUCAAAAAUAAAGUGGUAUUUUUUUUUAUUAGCCCCUUUGAUUUAAUGUCCUACGAAUGGCUCGAGUCGGUCCUUGAGACGUAUCAGAGAAUGUAUUCGCUUCCUUUGGCACAUAAGGACCGUCUCGGAAAAUGAUUUUGUUCCCGGAGUGACGGAUUAAUUCCAGCCCUGAAUGUAAGCACAGAUCACGAUACGUUUUAGCUUUGAGCUGGGGAAGACGUACAAGUUCCUCGUGUUCUCGCUUCUCGUAAUGAAGUCCAGGAAGCUGUUCUUCCAGCUGCGAUUCAAAUAACGAACAAAACCUCAAUCCUUUUUUUUGUUUGUUUGUUUAUAUUUUUUUUUAUUCCCCCCAUCCCUCUUUUAUUUGGUGCUGGUGUUAUCAGUGAUGUAUUUUAAACCCCUCACGCUGUCGGCUGAAUGAUCGCGUCUUCCGUAUCUGGUCGAAAGGGAAAAUCGAUUCCGUAUGCUUUUUGUGCAAAUGAGAUAAUUAUGGAGAUUGCACUGAUUUCUGAAGGUGUGCAUGUGUGGGCAUGGUAUACAUUCAUCAGCUUGCUCACAGGAAAGUCUCCAUUUUGCAGUGCUUUGAUUGUCUGGAAACCUUAUGACACUGCAGGAGGUGUCAUGUUGCGCUUUCACCGCUCCAGGAGCCCGGGAUUGAUCCGUAUCCGUGUGCAUGUGGGUUUCCUCCCGCCUCCCAAAUAAACAGUUUACGUUAAAUCGCCUCUAGGAGUCAAUAAGCGUGUUUGGUGCUUCCAGGAUUCAGUUUGACCCUAAGAAGAAUUUUUAAAUAAAGAAAACAAAACAUAACGUACCAUGUUAAGUGUUAAUACAAACUGAUUGAAGUUUUCUAAAGUGAGACAGAAUGUUUAGGACACAAUGUUGAUGACAAGCUAGUGUCUUGUUCAUAACAGCAGCUAAUUAAUCCGCCAAACGUUGUGGGACGUUUUGACCGUUACACCCAUACGUGCUUCCUGAUUAGCUUUUACAAUGUGAUCAUCUCUCCACUCUUCUCUUCUGUGAUGUUGGGGAUUUGUGAUCAUUUAGCCGUUAGUGAGAUCAGACACCGACGGAGGUCUGGGGUGCAGCCGGUGCUCCAGUUGAUCAUGGGGUUUGAGUCAGAGUUCUGUGUAGGACACUCGAGUUCUUCCGCUCCAGCCUUCAUGGAGCUUCGCUUCGUGCACUGAAGCAUUGUCGUGCCGGAUCCGGAUCAAGCCGGUUAGUUCCUGCACUGAAGGGAAAUUAUAACUACAACACUGAGAACAGAAACGUUCUACACAAUCUGUAUAUAUGGGUGUGAAGGUCAGGUGUCCACUACUAGACACCAAACCUGAGUUUGCAAAUGUGUUGAACAUGAAAGCUGCUUGUUCCAGGAGCCCCGGGCGUCUGAUUCGUCCACUCCUGCUGUUCAAAACUCUGUCUCUGUGUACGAGAUCUCGUUUCGGUUUACCUAGACAUCAAUACAUCACAGAAAUGAUUCAUGAGACCAGGAAGUAAUAUUCCACCAAUAUUCCACUAUAUUGAUCUUUUGUUUUAUUUUAUCUUUGUUUAUAACAGACUCUCUUGCAAUGCUGGAGCAGAGCUGAUCGAGAUCAAGUAUCCAUCACAACUUGAAAAUCUAAAAUUCUAAACAGUAUUUGAUUUUUGAUUUUUUCCUGUAUUGCGAACCAAAAUGUGUGAAAACAGUUCUCUGAGAGUAUGAUGCCCGAUAAGCACAAUUUUAAUUUUUAUUUCUUUUCAGUUCUUUGAACGAAAACAGACUAUAGGAAACGGUUGGUUUCCUCUCUUCCGGUUAAUCGUAUGCUCCAUCAUGAAGGCUCUGUAUUAUUAAUUCGCUGAAGAUUUGUGUUUUCUUUUGUGUAAUGCUCUUCGGAGGGCUCUUGUUAAAGCGCACACUGUCUGUAAUACCAACCCACGCACCUUAGACACACUGUUCUCAACACAAACUUGCACCACCGCCGCCGUCAUGCUGCUCAGAUCUCCAUCACGAUGUUCGACGAUAACGCUUUUAUUUUUAUUUUUUUUCCUAACUGUAAUAACAAUGCAAUAAUAUAUUUUCCUGAGAAAGUCGGAAGUUUUGCACCAAGCACAAACCCUGUGUUCUCUGUGUAUAGAAAGAAAGAAAGAGAGAGGAGAGAAUAGAGAGACAUUUGUUUUCCCUCUUCUUUUGGGUUCCAUAUUUCUGACCACACACAAAGUGGUUCCCAUGAACUUCACACUGCCAAUCUUGUGCUUUCUGUAUUAUAAUGUAGGAUAUCAGUAGAUAGUGAUGUAAAUGAAAGAAACUGUAAGGUUAAAAAUAAUCAUCUGGACUGUACAAUCAAAACCUAUCAUUGUUAAUAUUUUUUAUUGUUGGUAGCCAAUAUUUUUGUGAUUAAUUUGCAAAUAAAGAAACCACUGUCUUUUUA